GGUUCUGAAACAUGACCAUUGGGAGCAGCUCUAAUACCAACCCCACCAAAGUGAUGAGGCCCCCUGCCACCCCUCGGAUAGGACCCCUCAAAUUCAAACAGAGGCAGACUAGACAGUUCAAGAGCAAGCCCCCCAAGAAAGGAGUACUCGGUUUUGGGGACGACAUCCCUGGGAUGGAGGGCCUUGGAAUAAACUUCCAUGACAUCUGCCCAUGGGAAGCUUUCAGUCACUUGGAGCUCCACGAGCUGGCCCAGUAUGGUAUUAUCUGA